AGUUUCUUUUUUUAAAGGGUCCACUGUUCACAGCCUGUCUGACUCAGAGCGCACAGAGUUCGGGGCGGCGCCUUGGUAUAAAACCUGCGCAAAUCCAAAUUCCACCUCCCGAACGCUCCUUUGUGCUCACGCUACGUGCCUCAGGCUUGUCCCGCUCCGUAAAGAAUCAACCAUGCCUUCAGAACUGGAAAACUGCAUGGAGGGCCUGAUCAAGGUCUUCCACCGCUACGCCAAAAACGGAAAUCUCAGUCGCAAAGACCUGCGAGAGCUGAUGGAGUGUGAGCUCUCCAACUUCCUCAGGUCUCAGAAGGACCCUGGUGCCGUGGAUAAAAUCAUGAGGGAUUUGGAUGCAAAUGGAGACGGGCAGGUGAACUUUGAGGAGUUUGUGUCUCUAGUUGUUGGACUUUCGAUCGCCUGUGAGCAGUGCUACCAGAUGCACAUGAAGAAAGGAAUGAAGUAAAGAAACCAAACAACAGAAGAAGAAAAGACCAACUCAUUUCACAGUGUUUUUUUGUUUUGUAAUUUUGAUGAUUAAAUAUGCUGAUUGUUUCAAA